UUAAUAUGGUCACAUGAUGCACUAAUCCUAUCUCUCCCUUGGACAGAGACUUGGUUGGUGGUUUCGUGAUCCACCGCUCUCCGAAUAAAUGUGGGUGGUUGAAUCCUUCCUAAUUGGCUUCGCUGGAUUUAAUGUCUCAUUUAAUUUACUGGACCACCUCUUUCUCUUUCUCCUUCCUCACCCAUAAAUCCCAUUUCAUAUCUCCCAACCCCCAAAUGGCUUCUUCUUCUCGCCACUCCCCUCAAUUCACCCCCAUUCUAGAGGAGCGUGAAUUUGACGACUUGAGUGGCCAUGACAUUAUAAGCCACUCCAGAAGCUCCCACCCUCCAACCCCCAUUGUCCACAAGCACACUAAAUCCAAUCACAACAACCACAAGAAAAAGAGAUCAGAUUCCGAGGAAGAUGGCUCCGUCUCUUGCAACAAGUGCAGACCUCACUCCCGCGACAAAAUCUUCAUCCUUCCCUUGGAUCACUCCUCCACCAACAACUCUCACAAACCCUCUUCCUUACUCGCCAGCCCCAACGGUAUUUUCAGGUCCCUUGUUUCCAAGCUCACCCGCAAGAGUCCCAUGUCUUCUUCUUCAUCCCAAGACCCUCUCCCACCCUCCAGAGAGGAACAAUGGAAAAUGGCAGUCGCCGAACUCUCUCACAAGCUGCUCCACGCCACCAGAAAAAGAGACGAGGCUCUUCUAGAAGCUUCUAGACUCAUGCACUCCAUGAGCGAGUUGGAGAAGAAGCUCAACAAGCUCGAACUCUAUUGCCACACCUUGAAAUCUGGCCUCGAACAAUGCACCAACAACAACAUUACUACUUCCCCUACUUCCCUUUUCAAAUCUCAAACCCUCGAACAGGACACCGUGAUUCAACACUUCUUGGUCUCGGUGUCGGAAGCAAGAUCAAGUGUGAGGCUUUUGUCUCGUUCCUUAACCAUGCAACUGAGGCACAUGGGAAGCAAGGUGUACGAGAAAGUCUCCUUCCUUCUCCAACCAUACGACAUAAAAAUAUCCUUCUCCAAGAGUCCAACAAGAAGCUUACUUUUCUACCUAGAAGCACUCUUGAACAGAACCUUCUACGAGGACUUCGAAACAAUAGGGUUCCAGAAGAACGCGUGCAACAUGAUACUGAACCCAAAGGAGCGAUGCGAGGCGAGUUACGAGUCAUUCAACAUGGUUCACGGGCUGACGUGGGAGGAGGUGCUGAGCAAAGGAACGAGGCACUUCAGCGAGGAGUUCAGCAGGUUUUGCGACAGGAAGAUGAGCGAGAUAGUGGCGAUGUUGGGCUGGAACCGGGCCUGGCCCGAGGCACUCUUGCAGGCCUUCUUUGGGGCCUCAAAGAGCGUGUGGAAGGUGCACUUGUUGGCCAACUCGCUGCACCCGAGUCUGCCGAUAUUUAGAGUGGAGAAAGGAGUAAGGUUUGAUUCGGUUUACAUGGAGGAUAUGGGUGGUGGUGACAAGGCCACUUCCAACUUGGUCCCUGCUCUGGUCAGAAUUAUGCUUGCGCCAGGCUUUUAUGUCUAUGGCAGUGCAGUCAAAUGUAAGGUCCUUUGCAGGUACUUGAGUACUAGUAGUAACAAGGAAGACAAACCCUUAACCCCAACCCCUUCUUGACUUUGGAUGAAUCACUUUCUUUCUGGUUUUGUUUUUUUAUGUCAGCUAAUAUUGUUCAUGAUGUUGUAUAUUAUUAUUAUUUAGUAUUAAGCAAUGUUGGUGCUGCUGCAUGCUUGGGUUGGGAUGGUUCCAUGGUGGUGGUACUACUAUAUCGAGAUUUUGGGUCAAAGUAAACAAUUUGGCAUUUUCUGGUUUCGCUUUGUUUUAUCUUCUGUCUAGUCUAUUCGAACUUUUUAUCAUUUUUUU